AGUAAUAAACACAAUGGUUUAAAUUUAGAUAAUUUACCCGGCUACAUUUCUUAUAUAAUCGAAAAAGCUCCGAAAAGGGCGCUUGAUGAUUAUUGUCUGAUAUCUAUUAUUCAGGUCUAGGCCAGUAGCAUCGUGGUGGUGAUACAGUCAAUGGGUAGUCCACAUGCUAGGUUAAAUUGCUGAAUAUGUUGACGUCCGUCGCCUGUUCGUGUGCGCGAAGCGGUAGAAAAAUAUCGGCCCCUGUUGCCAAGUAUUACACCUUGGCAACGGUUAAAGCGUCACCGAAAACACUGACUCUGACACGGGGACAGGAUUUGUCUGAACACCGGUCAUGCAGACUCUUCACACCGACUCCUCGGCGGCUGUCUACGGGACUUACCUCCAGGUCCGUGUCCCUGUCGGCCUGUUCCCGAGGGGACGCGGACCUUCUGGACACCCCCUCAGUCGCAGCUAACCCGAAGGACUUCGGCUCGCUGUCCACCGACAUGUCCUCCAGGAGGUCGUUCAGGAAAAGCAGCCCUGGCAUCCGGGACCUGAGACACCCAGAAGACGACCCCGGGGAGGAACACUUAGAUGAACCUCGCAGGAGGCCUGGAAGGAGGAAUACACCGUACUGGUACUUCUUACAAUGCAAGAGGCUGAUUAAAGAGAAGAAGCUGCAGGAGGCUUUGGACGUGUUCUCCAGAGACAUGCUGCAGGGAGAGAGGCUGCAGCCAGAGGAGUUCAACUACUCUGUCCUGAUAGGAGGCUGUGGUCGAGCUGGACAACUCAAAAUGGCCUUCAAACUCUACAAUGAUAUGAAGAAGCGAGGUCUGGAGCCCACCGAUGCGACCUACACUGCUCUAUUCAACGCCUGUGCAGAGUCACCUUUCAGACAAGGCGGCCUUCAGUAUGCUCUGAAGUUGGAGCAAGAGCUCCGUCGCAAAAACUACCCGCUCAGCACCAUCACGUACCACGCCCUCCUCAAGACCCACGCCUUCACCAACCACCUUCAAGCUUGUAUUCACACGCUCAGGGAGAUGCUGCAGAAAGGACACCCUGUAACUCAGGAGACGUUUCACUACCUGCUGAUGGGCUGCCUGAAGGACAAAGAAACAGGAUUCAGAAUGGCUUUACAGGUGUGGCGUCAGAUGCUGCGGUCAGGCAUUCUUCCAGACUCAAAGAACUAUAACUUGCUCCUGAGGACCGCCAGGGACUGUGAGAUUGGGGAUUUGGCCUUGGCUGCUGGCGUUCUGCUGGGGAAUGACUGUGAGCGUCAGAAAGGGAGCCAAGACGCAUCAGAGUCCAGGAGCAAGGGUGUGAUAGACAUUGAUGUCCUGGAGAGGCAGCUGUUUCUCCAGCCUGAUCCACACAGUGACGGAAGACGUAGUGAGGUAGAGUCCAACAGCAGAGGACAACACUCGACCGAUUUGAUACCAGUCAGACAAAAUGGAGACAUCCCACCGCCUGUCGACUUAGUAGCUGUUUCCACAGCUCCUAACUUACUGGACGUUUUUGAGGGGAAAAGAAGUGCUGUGAUCUCCCUCUGUGCUGUAGAUGGACCAUCUGAUCGCCUCGCCCUCAUCGGUGGAGCUAAAGGUUUCUUGGAGAAGAUGGCCGCCAACGGACUCAGUCCAGACCUCAGAACUCUGACCCUGCUGGCUGACACGAUGGAACCGGGCUACGAGUCCCUGCAGCUGCUGUUGAAAGUCGCCAAGGAGCAUCGGGUGAAGCUUGAUGUGCCGUUCUUCAACUCUGUGAUUCGCAGAGCAGCAAGAGCUAGUGACCUGGAGGGGGCGAAGGCUGUGUUGAGUGUGAUGCGACAGCGAAACCUAAAUGUUGACAUACAGACGUUUGGGUGCCUUGCAUUAGCCUGUGAGAGACAGAAAGAUGGUCUGCAGCUGCUGAAAGACAUUGAGGAAGCAGGACUGAGGCCCAACGUUCACAUUUUCUCUGCCCUAAUUGGCCGAGCUACUCGUAGACUGGAUUACGUCUACUUGAAAACGAUACUGAAAAGCAUGAAGGACAAAGGAGUGGCGCCUAAUGAGGUCAUCAUCACACAGCUGGAGUUUGCUGCACAGUAUCCUCCCAACUAUAACCAGUACAAGUCCCGAAGCAACUACCUCGUCCACAUAGAUGGUUUCCGUGGUUACUACCAGCAAUGGCUGAGAGACAUGCCUGCUCAGAGCGCCGAGGAAGAGCGGGUGGAGCUGAAGGCCUGAAAACUGAAGCUGACAUACAACCGAGGAACCAGAGAGCAGCAGCGAGGACAUGUUACAGGGACAAGACGAGCAGCAUUUCAUCAGCGUCAUUCUGCAUUUAGUGCUGUAGCUCUGGAUGCACUUUGAACAUAUUUACUUACUCAUUUGUUUAUUAUUAAAAAUGGGACAAAACAUAUUAAUGAAUAUUUCCAAUGUAAACAUGUAUGGCAUUGUAGCCAGGUGGCUAAUUUGCAUCCCUUAUAACAUUGGCAUUGAUGGUAUUCUUCGUCGUGUAACAAAUAAACUCAGUGGCAGAGAGAUAAUCUUUUUUUUUGUCUUUCUGAUUAUAUUUUAUUAUUAUUAUUUUAUUGAAUUGGGACCGUGCAUAUUAAUGAACACUGAUACGUUAGAGUUUUCAUUCUUCAUCCUUCAAUGUUUUUUUUCUCUGGAUGAAUUCAUUCAGUAGUGGGGAGGCAAGAGCAUUCAAAACUUUGAAGAUGAGACAGGCAUCCAUAAAGAUAUAUUAGCUAACUAGAUCAAGAAUAUUGUACAUUACAAUAAUAAAUGUGGAGUGGUUUCCUGUAUAAGAUUUUAACUGCCUUCCUGAAGAGAGACUUGAUAGGUUUUACUGUACUUUCAUUUGCGUGUGUCCAGGUUGGUCGUAUAUGGUAGAAGUUUGACAGAUUGAAUUUCAUGGUGUUUGUGAUUGUUUAACCUGUGCUUUAAAUGAUAGGUUUGUGUCAAGGACCACUCUGAGAGAUUUCUACUACAUGAAAUCUCACUCCGCCCUGCGAUUGACUGGCGACUUGUCCACGGUGUACCCCGCCUCUCGCCUGAUGACAGCUGGGAUAGGCUGCAGAAACCCCCGCGACCCCAGUGAGGAUUAGGCGGCAGUAGAAGAUGAGAAGUCUCACUCCAGAUGGUUGAUCGCCCUCUGCUGACUGGCGAGAAAAGAACAUGCAAACAGUAUUUUCAGUGUAAACAAGAAGAUUGAUUAAACCAAUGAGAUACAGGUGCUGAUAAUUUUGCAGCAGCUAAAAUUUUUUUCUUUUUCUUUUUUUUUUUGCAUGGAAAUAUAGCACUGUAUCUUCAGCAUAAAGUUGUAGAUUAACAUUUGGGCAAACUUUAUGUAGGUCAUUUACAUGUCGUGACCAUUUCCGUUUUAAUCCUGCUGAGGAGUGGGGAUAGCUGCUAGGAGAGUGACUGCUAAGCGGUGGGGGUGCCUGGUCUGGUCUCCAGUGCUGUCUCUGCCCUACUCCACAGACAGGUUGAGGAGGUCGUUUGUCCCUCAGGCCCAGGCCAUUGUUGAUACAUCUACAGAUACAUAUAUAGACAUCUAUCUAUCUAUCUAUCUAUCUAUCUAUCUAUCUAUCUAUCUAUCUAUCUAUCUAUCUAUCUAUCUGUCUGUCUGUCUGUCUCUGUCUGCGUCUCCACCUGUGGGGUCUGCCGGCGCAAGAUGUGAACAUAGAUCAGCUGUCCACCAGCAAAGAGACCAGGUGAGUGCAGGCAGAGACUCUGUAGACUAUUUACAUCCAUCAGGUCUCUUUGCUAGUGGACAGCUGAUCUGUUGUCUCUGUGGCCAGUGGCACAGAGUCGUACCCCCCUCCAUACAGUGAUGGUGAGGGGUCCUAAAAUGUCCAUCGAAAGAUGGACUCUGACAGACUACUGUCGAGGGCUUCUAUUUAAAACCUCGGUUCCUCUGUGGCCGUACGACAUGAUGACCUCACGAUGACGUCAUCAAAGAGCAAGCCCUGUUCGUCUCCAUAGCAACUGUCAACUAAGUAUUUUCGAAAUGUGUACACAGACUGGUCCAUGUCCUCCACUGGUCCAUGUCAACU